GUCCGCUCCUUGACACCACGCGAGCAAAUUUACAAUAUCCCCAACAUCCUCACCGCAACUCGCUUGGUCGCUGCACCUAUUGUUGGUUAUCUUGUUCUGCAUGAGCAGCACAAAUGGGCGCUAGGUCUUUUUGCUUAUGCAGGCAUCACUGAUCUGGUCGAUGGAUGGAUUGCUCGCAAGUACAAGCUGCAGACUGUUGUCGGCAGUGUUAUUGAUCCCAUGGCCGAUAAAUUCUUGAUGACCAUUCUGACCGUCACAUUGUCCAUGAACGGUCUUUUGCCAGUUUCUCUGGCGACUCUCAUCCUAGGACGUGAUGUAUCUCUCGCAGUAGCUGCUCUCUACUGGCGAUACGCAUCCCUGCCAGCCCCCAAGACCUUCAAGCGCUACUGGGACUUCUCCCUACCAUCCGCCGAAGUGCAUCCCACCACCAUGAGCAAAUACAACACCUUUUUGCAAUUGCUGCUCAUCGGCGCCACCUUGGCCUACCCUGUCGUCACAGCGGACAACCACCAUCUAGGCAUCAUGCAUGACAUUGGUCUCGAGAAACUCGACCUCGCUCAAUUCAUGACUUACUUCCAGAUCUUGGUUGCUGGAACUACUGCUUGGAGUGGACUUAGCUAUGCUUUCCUCAAGGAUGCAGUCAAGAUUCUAGGCAAGGAUGAGCAGUUGAAACUUAAGCAGGGAAGAAGGGGUAGGGCGAUCAUUGGUGUUACAUUCGGUAGUGUGGUGAUUGCCGCUGCGUAUUUGGCAUUGACCAAGGAUUUGCCUAAGAAGAAGGAAGAGGGAGUGGUUGCUUGA